GGGGCAGUCUGUCUUGGGACAGAAUAGCGGGGUCGCGAGCGCUCUUGUUGCCCCGUGCCAGCCGCUGGAUGAUGCAAUUCCCCGUACACGCCGCGCAGCAGGGAGCUGCAAGGAGCGACUGGAUGAGGGGAUAGUGGGCUAUGCCCGAGUUCCGUGGCCUGGGAGAGCGCACGGCAUAAAACGAAGAGCGAGAGCGCCGAAACUUGGCAAGCUCAUACGCUCUUUUCUUACUAUCUCCAGACUCUAUUUCCAAGAAUGGCACAAGUCAAAGCCUCAGUCUCGCGGUUCAUCGAGUAUCUGCGCAUCAAGACAGUUCCAGCCCAGCCCGGACUACGCCACAUGUCACAGCGUUCCUCAAGCAACAGGCCACAGAGCUUAAGCCUGGGGUUCCAGUCCAUCGAGUACGUGGCCGGAAAGCCCGUAGUGAUCCUGACGUGGCCAGGCACAGACCCCAGCCUGCCCAGCAUUAUCUUGAACUCGCACACGGAUGUGGUGCCCGUGUUUGAGGAGUUCUGGGACUACCCGCCGUUUGAGGCCGCUCGGGACUUUAAGAUCUAUGCGCGUGGUUCGCAGGACAUGAAGAUUGUCGGGCACUGCUACCUGGAGGCCGUGCGGGUCCUGCAGGAGCAGGGCAGGCGGCUGACUGCGCACGCUGCAUCUGAAAUUGGUGGGCACGACGGAAUGUGCAAGUUUGUAGAGUCGGGCGAGUUCAAGGCUCUGAACGCCGGCUUCGCGCUGGACGAGGGCAUGGCAAAUCCCGGAAACGACCUCAGGGUGUUUUAUGGCGAGCGGGCGCCCUGCUGGGUCAAGUUCAGAGCGCGCGGCAAUGUCGGCCAUGGCAGCCAAUUCAUUGAGGACACGGCUGCUGAGAAGCUGACGCCGAUCAUCAACCACCUGAUGGAGUUCCGGCAGGCGCAGUUUGACAUCUUCAAAACACCCAACAGCGACGGAUCGCUUCGCACGCUGGGUGACGUGACCACCACGAACCUGACGCUGCUGGAGUCGGGUGUGCAGCAGAAUGUUGUGCCAGAGAGCGCCCUGGCUGGAUUCGACAUCCGCAUGACGCCGACUAUUGACUAUAUAGAGUUCCGUAAGGGGCUGGAGGACCUCGGCAAGAAGCACGGGGCGGAGGUUGAAUUUGCCCAGUUCUGGGAUGAUAACACUGUGACCAAGACCGACGCAUCGAAUCCGUUCUGGACCGCGUUCAGCGGGGUCAUGGCCGACCUCGGUAUUAGCGUGUUCAAGGAGAUCUUCCCGGCAGCCACGGACUCGAGAUAUCUGAGGAAGGCAGGCGUGCCGGCACUGGGCGUCACGCCGCUGACAAAUGCGCCGAUUCUGCUGCAUGACCACAACGAGUUUGUGACCGAGAGCGAGUUCCUCAAUGGCAUUGACUUCUACGCCAAGGUUAUCCAGGCUGUAGCAGACGUAGAGUGA